CGCGUUUGAAUACCUGCCACACCAACAGCACCGAUGUCCAAUCCAGGUUAGCUCCGUCCCCCCAGUCAGACCAGUCCUCCUCUCCGCCCCCCGCGUUAGGCAAAUGGACGCGGGUAGCAGCGGCCGGGGCUUAUAAAUGGGACGGGGAGCCGACGACGGGCUGUAAUGCUGCGCCGGGUGCGGCAGUCUCUCCGGCAGGUGGUGUUUGUGAUGGCCCGGAGACCGGCUCUGCUCUGCGGGGCUGUGCUGCUCGGGGUCCUGCUCCUACUGGCCGUCACAUUCACAUGCAGCCGUGCUAAGAAUGUGGUGGCAGCCCCUCGGCCCUCGGCGCGGUUCUUCUCUGCCGAUGCCCCGGUAGUGGACCUCUACUUGGGUCAGCUGGACCAGGUGGAGCGCCUGAGGAGUGUGGCGGAGGUAUCUCUCAUCUUCUUCUAUGCACCGUGGUGUGCUCACUCAAUGGCUGCCCGGCAGGAAGUGCAGCAGGUGGCUAAGAAGCUGGCCAAACAGGUGCAAUUUGUGGCGAUUAACUGCUGGUGGAGUCAGGGGAAAUGCAGGAAACAAAACCGCUUCUUUCAGUACCCGAUCAUCCAUCUGUUUUAUAGAAGGUUUGGGCCUAUAGAGUACAAGGGUCCAUUUGUGGCUUCAUAUGUGGAAAAUUUUAUCCUCAGAGUCAUCACGCCACUCACUUACCUCCCAUCAAGAGCCACACUCAAAGAGUUCCUCUCCUAUCACGAGCCUCGAGUGGUGGGUUUCUUCCAGUUUAACUCCUCUCCUCAGCCGCCGGGGUACAUCACAUAUCUGUCUGCUGCCUUGCAGACCCUAAAAAGGGAUUUUCGUGGUGUUAUACGUUUCGGAGUUGUGACCAACAAACACGUGGCAGAGGCUAUCUCACUAACAGAAGAUGAAACAGUUUAUCUUUACAGAAGAUUUAACUCCUCUUUGAUUUUCCCUCGAAGGGAACGUAACUUCACAGCGGAGGCCAUCUGUAGAUGGGUGUUUGAACACCAAGAGACCGUCCUCCAGUGGCUGCAGCCUCCAGGAACAAAGUCCCGUCUCCUGGAACACGAGCUGAGCAAAGGACCGGCACUGCUGCUGUUCCUGCCGCACAAUCCACUCGGGUCCAAACCCAGCCCCAUACUGCAGCAGGUUGCAGACAUUGCUGUGCGUUAUCAUUCCUGUAACAACAAUAACCCCUCCAGCUUGGAUGAAAGUUUCACCUCCCACUCACGGUGCUGCCAGUCAGUUCUUCUUUCGGAGUCCAGUUCAAGCGUGUGUGAAGUGUGCCUCAGUUUGUCACGAUGGAGCCCGAACGGCUCCUCCGUACGCUGCCCGUUCCCCUCCUCUGCUCGAGAAGGAGACGCGUUGCAGUCUUAUCUCCAACACUGCUGCCUACACCAACUACCUGCUGUGUCCAUCAAAACUGCAACCUCAGCGGGCUGUAGCAACUUUCUGGACAGCUACAGCCCCUUCAGUCAAUACAGUGCCUGCUGCAGAAAAGUAGAACCUCAACUCAAUGAAUCACAAGCCAAAGAGGAGUCGGACACGCAAAGAGCUCCCCUUGCACCUCCUCCUCCCUCCAUCCCUCCAUCCGCCGCUCCUCAGCAGGCAGGAGACGGCAUCACGGGGCUCCGGUGUCAGACUAACAGGACGCUCAGGUUUUACGUGCUGGAUGUUGCUCUGAACUGGCCUCUGGCGGUGAGGCUCGGAGCAACAGGCAACAGAAGUGCUUUUUAUCAGCGGGAGGCUGAUGCACAAGGCGAUGGCUCGUUUGCAGCUAUUGUGAACCUAAAGGAUGAGGUGCACUAUGUUCUCCAUCGCAGCCCAGCAGCCACGCUGACGGAGUCUCUGGAGGCCUUCAUCAGGAACUUCAGUGCUCCAUACAGCCUCUUGCGGAGACACUUGGUGGGAGAAGAAGACAAGAGGGGACGGGAGGAGGACACAAGACAUCCAGGCCAACACCAGCACUCGCCUCAACGCCUCCUCAUCACAGAACUGACCACUUCCACCUUCCUGCCUUCUGUCAUGGACGUCCAAAAGGAUGUGCUGCUGUUCUACUACACUCAGUGGUGUGGAUUUUGCUCUGUUCUCAACCACAUCAUCAUCCAGCUGGCCAGAUUAUUACAGGGAAACAGCAGCAUCACUGUGGCCAGGGUGAAUGUUGCACGGAACGAUCUUCCAUGGGAGUUCAUGGUGGAUCACGUUCCCUCAAUUCUUCUGUUUCCCAAAUACAGAAAACAUUAUACCGUGAAGUUUCCUGACGACCUGCCCAUCACGUUACCCAACCUGCUGCGCUUCAUCCUGCAGCACUCUGGCUCUGUACAGUAUGCAGACAAACCGGUGCCGGAUUCCAGCAAGGCAGAGACGGCAGGGCCUGACGGCGUCCUCCACGCAGAGUUUCUGGCCCUCCAGCAAGAGGUUCAGGCUCUGCGUCACGCCCGGGAGCGUCUCUCCCAACAGCUGGCGCAGCUGUGGCGUGAGAACCGCCGACUGACAUUUGACGCUCUCAGCUUAGAAGCGCAGAACGCCGAGCUGCAGAGAGAAAGGCAAAGCUUGGAGGAGCAGCACCGGGAGAAGAGCCGGCAGCUCGGGGAGGCGGUGAGGCGGUUGCAGGAGCUGGCGGACACCUCUGAGAACCUGCUGAAUGAGAACACGCUGCUCAGGGUCCUGCUGAGGGCGCUGAAGGACAGGACGGAGGCUAAAGAGCAGGCAGAGGCAGAGAGGAAAGAGACAGAACAGAAAAGAAGCCAUAUGGCCUCCUGACCACGAGCCUGCAGGGAAUCCUGAGAGCAACGCUGAGAAGAGGUAAGACGGCCAGGAAACAAAGGAAGGACUGAAAUGGAUGAAAGAAAAAUGAUUAGACCUGCUGAGACAGGAGAGAUUUCUGAGCAAAAUGAAGCCUGAAAGAGGAGGUUGUGUUAAACCCAAGGGGCAACAUGACCUGAUAACAUUUGUUAUCGUAAAAAGAAGAUGCAAUGCCGGCUAAGAUCUGUCCGAAAAGACUGCUGCCAAGUCAGGACAGAACCAAGGAAACACUUAAAAAAGAAAAAAAAGUGGAUAUGUAGCGAGGGAAACAGCAGUGUUUGUUAAAGAGAUAAAAUACUCCAAGGUGCUGUUAUGAUGGUGGGCUAAUCCACUCUUAGGAGCACACUAGUGUGGGAAUUCAGUACCAACUGUGCUUGCUAAAAUGUAAUUUCUGUUGAAGGGUGAUGACGUAACCUGAGUAAAACAUACUACGCAGUCCCUGCAGCCCAAUUCUCUACCUUCCCUAAUUUACCGUUAAUUUUUGUGCAAAAGCUGAUGUUUAAAAAAAUGUCAGUCUCAAAACGUAACAAACAUUAGGAGGUUUAGUAUACCCUGUAGCUCACUACAAUAGCUAAAUUCAGUAUAAUGUAUAUUUUCAAAUCACUAAGUGCAACAACAGUCAUGUUGUGCUCAGCACUCUGCUGCUCUGUUUCUCUUUUUUACACUCUAAUUAACUCCUCCUCUGCCUUACUCCGGAUCAGCGUGACACUAAAAACUCCUGAUGUUUUUCACAAUAAAAGCCUGCUUAUGAAAGGAAGGGUGGUGGAGGGAAGUUUCAGUCCUGGUUUAGCAGUGAAAAGGGAAGCAAAUGACAUGAUUCUGGGUGUAUGAUGGAAUUAGUGUUGUGUAAAUAUACAUUAUACUGAUAAUGCAAUCUUGGAACCCAGCAACUAUCAUCCGAUAACAAUUAAACUUUUUAUUAGCUUUGGGAAUUGUCACACCAUUAUCCUAAACUUUACCAAGUAGUUUUGUGCUCGAACGUAACCAGGGUUCAGAGAUUGACAGGACUGGGGAACAGGAAAUAUUAAAAAAUAAAAGGUUGGUUCUCUCUUCCACUAAGAUAAAUAUAAAAGCCACUAUUGUUCUGCCACAAGCUGAGAGACGGUGAAGUUUUCCCAACAGUCCUGUGCUUAUAAAGUCACUUACAGUCGUAGGUUCGUGCAGGUUGGUGGUGUAGGAUUUGGCUGCAGGGUGAGAGGGCUACUAAUGAAGACUUAUUUAAUACUGGAGAUGUGGCAUCUGCUCAUUGACCUGCAGGUGAGCAAAAGAGCACUUGAAAUAAUAAAAAAAAACUUUUCUUGUUGUUUUUGAAGGGGAUAUUGCUGUUUUUUUGUUAAACCGAUCUAUUUUUACAGGAAUCAUUGAGUCACUAAAAUAUUAUUUCUAUGUAACUAUUCAGGUAUUGAGAAUGAGAUGCUGCAAUUGUUUACAUGUGAAGUAUUGCACCUGUUUUUACUGAUUAAAAAAAUCUUUCAUCUUA